AUGCUUGGUGACGCACGCUACGAGCAGUGGUUCCACGACAACGUUCGCUGUGACCAAGCUGUCUUCCGUCGACCUGUGGACUUGCUGCGCCAACGUUUACAGCCCAACGAGCGCCAAUCCAGCCACUCCUUCGAGAAGAACGUGGCCGUGACGCUAUACUUCUUGGGGUCCGAAGGUGGCUAUCGAGAGACAGCGGCAGCAUUUGGAAUGACCAAAUCGUGGUGUAUUACAGUCGUGACGACCGUGGUGGAUGUGUUGGCGAGCCAAGCAAAGUUGUGGAUACGCCUGCCGACCUCCCCUGGUAACUUUGGAGUCGCAUCGAGCGUGAAGGUACAGCGAUUCCCGGGCGUUGUUGGAGCUGUGGAUGGCCACCGUAUGGUGUUUUUGUCCGUGGAAAUCCGUCCUGGGUCGCAGCUGGGCCAAACAAUUCGUCGCUGUUUUCCUACCAGCAGCCUCGUUAAUGGCGAUUCUGGCUACACAUUGCUGCUAUCGUUGUUGACCCCAUAUGUCCCGCACGAAGAAGGCGGUCGUUUGUCCAACACACAAAAGCGAUUCAACUACAAGUUGUCCAGCAGUCGAAUAGUGGUCGAGUGUGCGUUCGGGCGCCUCAAGGAGGGAUUCCGGAUUUUGAAAACCGAGAUGAACGAAAGAUCAUUGGACCGGACGUAA